UAAACAGUAUCAGUUAGUGGUUAAUAACAGAAUUAGAAAAGUUCUUGAAACUUCUUUGUUACUCCUUUCUAUUUUCUCUUCUCUGUUUUCCUUCGUGCCAAACGCAGUAAACCUCAAAACUUAGCAUGGUAUCAGAGCAAAGAUAACAGGAUUCUGAGGGCUCGAUAAUGGCAGAAUAUUCAGGAUCUGUCAUGGCCAACGAAGCUACGUCUUUGGCAAGUCAAGGUGCGAAAAUUUUCUCAGACAAAAUUUAUGGGUCUUUAAUCACUGUUUCUCCAUUUCCUAGCAAUCUUAUCAAGUUAGAUGAUGAAAAUUACUUAAUCUGGAAAUCUCAAAUCCUACCAAUUCUUAGAGGUCAUAAACUUGAUAAGUUUGUUUUGAGACAUGAACCAAGUUUUCUGCGAGAAUUUGUUGAUUCUGAUAAGGAAGCCACUGAAGAAAACCUAAUUCCAUACAUGUUUAAGCAACAAAUUUGGAUUUUACAAGAUCAAUUCCUACAAGGAUGGUUACUUCUUGCUAUUAAUGUGAGUGAACUUGGAGACAUUGUUGGUCUUCGUACAUCAAGAAGGAUCUGGACUACAAUUGCAGAAACCUAUGCACCAAAAUUUGAAAUUACUAUUCUUCAGCUCAGAAAUUAGCUACAAACAAUGAAGAAGGGAUCAAUGAAAACCCUUGAUUACUGUAAGAAAAUGAAAAGAAUUGCUGAUAAGAUAACUGUUGCUGGAUUUGCUAUUUUAGAAAAAGAGCUAGUGAUGUGUAUCUUGACUAGACUUGGACCUGAGUAUGAGACAGUGUAUACAAAUUAUACCAGUCGACCUCCUCUCCCUAGUUUGCAAGAGGUUCAGACUUCUAAUUUUCCUGGUACACUUUUGAAUGGGAAUUUAUCACAAGGAAAUUAUGGUGGUUUUGCUUUUGGUUGUCAAGGAGGAAUCGGUUACAUGAAUCAACAAGGGUUCAGAAGUAAUGUUCCUACUAGUCUUGGCUCAUCAAAUAUUCAUUGUGCUUUGCCUAUGCUUCCUAGCACAUUGUCUUUUCCUCAAACUGGUGUCAAUGAGAGUUCCAACAAUGUUGUUAAUAAUGGAAUUUCUGGUAUUGGUCCAGCUUCAGCACAUUUUGUUGCCACACCAUUCUUAGUUGGGGACCCUAACUGGUAUCUUGACAGUGAAGGAACAAAUCAUGUUGUCUCAAGUGGUCAAAAUCUGUCUUCACAAGAUGAGUAUAGUGGCACCAAUAAAUUACUUGUUGGCAAUGGCUAAGGUCUUGAUAUCAAAGGUAUAGGUAAUACAGUGCUUAUUUCCUUAUAUCAUCCUUGUUAUGUCCUUUUACUAAAAGGUGUAUUGGUAGUUCCCAAAAUUGCAAAAAAUUUGCUUAUUAUUUCAAAGUUACCUUCAGAUAACAAUGUUGUAGCUGAAUUUAAUUAUGCUGAGUGUUUGAUAAAGGAUAAGCAGAUUCGGAUAACAAUUCUCAAAGGAAUUCUUGAAGGUGGCUUAUAUAAGCUGCAGAUUCCAUAUCAUCAUUCAGCAAGGUGGAUUCUGAGUGUAGUCUCAGAAGCAAAUACAAUUCCUGAAGCUCAAGUUCGUGACCAACUAUUCUCUGAUAGCAAUAAUUCUUUUUGUGUUUUGUAUGGGGUUUUAGAUUCUGAUAGUCAUAAUCAUGUAGUAAGUGGUUCUGAUACAACUGUAUGUAACAGUGAACAUGUUUCUAUUACUAGUAAAAACAAUAUUGAUUGUAUUCCUCAUACUGUUGCUGGUAGCAGUGGAAUUGUACCAGUUACUAAUAAAGCUGAUGUUCAUAUGGAAGUGUUGCAU